UGUGCCCGCACCCAGCGGCGGUGCGCGGUGCCGGGGAGGCGGUGGCGCCCGCCCGCCCCGACGGCGCGCCCCGCCACAGCAGCGCAGCGCGCCAGCACCGCGCCGGCCUGCCCUCGGGCGCGGAGAGCCGGCGGCCGCGCUGACGCCGCUGCGCGCCAUGGCUGUCGCCUACCUGCUGGGCAACGGCUCCGCGCCGCUCCUCGCCGGCGCCCUGGAGCUCCCCUUCGCCGCCAACGCCUCCGCUGCCUGCCGCCCCGCCGCGCCACCCUGCGCGGUCGCGCCGCCGGGCGCCUGGGGCAACGGCUCGGCGGCGGCGGGCUGGAACCGCUCCGAGCCCUGCGGCGGCGCCAACGGCAGCGCGGGCGGCGGCGGGCCUUGCGCGCCCGCGGGCGGCGGCCCCUCCGUGGUGACGGCCAUCGCCAUCAUGGCCCUCUACUCCGUCGUCUGCGUCGUGGGGCUCUUCGGCAACUUCUUGGUCAUGUAUGUCAUAGUCAGGUACACGAAAAUGAAGACUGCCACCAAUAUCUACAUUUUCAAUCUUGCAUUGGCAGAUGCCCUAGCAACAAGUACUCUGCCAUUCCAGAGUGUGAAUUACUUGAUGGGAACAUGGCCAUUUGGGACCAUCCUUUGUAAGAUUGUUAUAUCCAUUGACUACUAUAAUAUGUUCACCAGUAUCUUUACACUUUGCACCAUGAGUGUGGAUCGCUACGUAGCUGUUUGCCACCCAGUUAAGGCCCUUGAUUUCCGUACCCCCAGAAAUGCCAAAAUUGUCAAUGUCUGCAACUGGAUUCUUUCUUCUGCCAUUGGCCUGCCAGUUAUGUUCAUGGCAACUACUAAAUACAGGCAUGGCUCUAUUGACUGCACACUUACAUUCUCCCACCCUGCAUGGUACUGGGAGAACCUCCUGAAGAUCUGUGUGUUCAUCUUUGCCUUCAUCAUGCCAGUCCUGAUCAUUACUGUGUGCUACGGGCUGAUGAUUUUACGCCUGAAGAGUGUUCGCAUGUUAUCUGGCUCCAAAGAGAAGGACAGGAACCUACGGAGAAUCACAAGGAUGGUUCUUGUAGUGGUGGCAGUGUUUAUUGUCUGCUGGACUCCCAUCCACAUUUAUGUCAUCGUUAAAGCCCUGGUCAACAUCCCAGAAACUACUUUCCAGACUGUCUCCUGGCACUUCUGUAUUGCUCUAGGGUAUACAAAUAGCUGCCUUAAUCCAGUUCUUUAUGCAUUUCUAGAUGAGAAUUUUAAAAGGUGUUUCAGAGAGUUCUGCAUCCCCAUUUCCUCAACCAUUGAGCAGCAAAACUCCACCCGAGUCCGACAAAACACUCGUGACCAUGCUUCCACUGCCAACACUGUGGACAGGACUAACCAUCAGUUGGAACUUCAAGAAGCUGAAACUACUCCACUGCCGUGACAGGGUCUCCUGCCGCAUAGCUCUCAAAGCACUUGCACACCAUGCCACAGUGUGUCUGGGCACUAUGCUAUGGGAACGUGUAGGACACACUUUCCCUCAAAAACAUACCACAGAGGAAAGCGCCUGCUUUUUCCAGUCUGCCCAAAAUUGCUUCUGCAGCACUGCUACAUUGCACAUAACAGAAGCAUGAAACUUAACAGCAAGCAGAGCCAACAGAUACGGGGGCUUGCCAGGCUCCAGUGUUCGAGAGAGUCAUGUUUACCAGGAUUACAUACCGUAGUCUAAAACAAAGCUACUGUACCUGUAGCAAUCUGACAUGUUCUUGAGAAGUUACAGUGGUGUUAAACAGGUUGGAAACAAAAAUUCAAAGGUUAGACAGCUAUAGUUUGAAAAAUAAAGGUGAGCUUUCAAUGAUAGGAAACAAUAGGAAAUGAAGUUGUAAUACUGUUGGGUACCUAUUUACUCUUUAAAUUUCUUUCUAGAGGUGUUUUCUGUGCAGGUUAUUUGUGUGCUGAAGUCUCACAAGACCAUCUAGAACAACACAUUUGCAGUUCAAGAGGGAUUAUCUUACAAGGAUUACAUGUUCCAUAAUUUUGAAGUGAAAAUAUUCAGUGCUUACUCAACAAAAAACUCCAAGCUUCAUCUUCUGCUUCUGGUUCUUGUAUAAAAAACGGGCUUUUAAAUCAAAACAAUGAGCUAUCUCUUCUUCUAAAAAAGAUGAGUAAAUGAAAGCAUUCCAUGUUGUUGGUUGUCAAAUGGUCCCCAAAACAGCAAAGACUAUUAACAUAAAUUCCUAUGUGAACAGAAGUCUAGCUAUAAGCCUGCCAGAGCUAUGUGAAAUGCUUGGAUCAGUUAAUAAAUUAGACUUGUCUUUUUUUUAAUAGAAAGUUACCGUUUGCUAGACAUUUAGCUUUUCUUAACCAAAUCCAUAAUGUUUGCUUUUUUAACAAACGUCAUACAGUCUACAUCUCCAUUUUGUAUUAACUACUAAAAUACAUUAAGAUUUAUGAAAGAAACAUUGUACUGAAGUAAAUGCCACCUUAACUGUUUUCUAGUAUGAAAAAUAGAAAUAUCCAUGUAGAUCAUUUGUGGUACAAUGGUAUUUUCUAGCCAUUGUUUGUUACUUGCUUUGUAAAUAAAUCAUCAGUAGUUAACCAAGGGAAAACGUACUUUGAUGAAUUUAAGUGUAUUCUAAAAUACAACUUUAUGGAACAGGGGUUUUUGUCUUUUUAUUUCUGCAGCCAAAAUGUAUUUCUUUUUUUCACUGUUAAAAUCUGUGUAACAGUAUGCUUUCAAUGUGGAAUUGUUCGUUUCUGCCAUGGACUGCAUAAUAAAGAUUGAAGGCCAAAUGUUCAAGUUGCCUUGCAAGUUGCAAAUUAAAGUAAUAUUUGAGUCUCAUCACUGUUGCAGCUAAAUAUGUACCCCUAUAUAUCAGCAGAACAUGAAACUAGAUAUAGCAGAAGUGCCUUCAUUUUUUUUUCCUUUUCUGUUGAAGGUUCAACUGUGCAGUCAUAGGGGUUUAGUACUUAAUUUUGUACUAGUGUAACAGGAUCUUCUCAUAGUCAUUAAAGUUUAAACCAGAGUCAUCACCAUGCUAAGAGGUUUUGCAUCCAAUUUGUAAAUAGUAUAAGGUAGGCACUCGGAAGAAUCUGAUAUAUUGCUUUGUGCUACACAGCAGUGUUAUUUAAAUAACAAGAAAAACAGAAUACAUCAAAAAUACAAACAGAUUAAUAUCAUACAACAUCAUUACUAUCUGACGAGUUCUGAGUAGUCUGCCAUGCUCACAUACAACCACCUUACAAAACUGAAAUAUAUUGAAUGACUAUUUGAAAAGUCUUGUAUGUUUAAUUAAACUUUAAAUCAUAGUUUCAUGACUAGUCAAAAGUUCAUCAGCUUUCACAGAAUUUACACAAUUAAUUGAAACCAUCAUUUCUUCUGUACUUAGUAUGGAAUUUUGCUCACAGGCAAAAUACUAGGACUUGCCAACAGACAGGCUAGCAUGUUUAAAGAUAUUUUUGGUUUCUACAGUCCAAUAAUUAAUUGGGCAACCUGAUUAAAUAUUUUUAGCAGUAGAAGUGUUGUAGCCUUGAUGAUCUAAGGAUAUGAGGAAGCAAAUUUUAUUAGCAGAACAUUAGCAAAAAUAAGUAAAAUGUCUCAUUUUUUUCCAAAAGGCUUGAAUGUUUGUUGGUAGUUCUUUCUUUUCUGGUAGCACAUUGUUACACAACUUCUGUAUCUGCGUUGUAAACUUUAAUAAAAAUGUUUGUGUUUCUUGUAUAUUUGCAACAUACUGUAGUAAAAUGCAUGUUGUUUAAUGUGUUAUGCCAUAUAUUAAUAACUUAGCUCU